AUGUCCUGCUGCAGACCCUGUCCCCCACGGCCCUGCGGCCCCUGUGGCCCAACGCCCCUUGCCAGCAGCUGCAGUGAGCCCUGCCUCGCCCGCUGCGCUGACUCCACGGUGUACAUCGAGCCUUCGCCCGUGGUGGUGACCAUGCCGGGCCCCAUCCUCACCUCUUUCCCUCAGAGCACAGCCGUGGGAUCCUCUCUGUCCGCUGCUGUGGGCAGCUCCCUCAGCACCGCGGGGGUUCCCAUCUCUUCUGGGGGCUCCCUUGGCCUGGGGGGGUCAGGCCUGUGUCUGCCUUUGUCCCGCUGCGGGCAGAUCUGCUGA